AUGUACGUCCCUCUGGAAGCGCUGCGCCGCCGCGAUGUGGUGAACACGGCCGCGACGGUGAUGAUGCUGCCGGCACUGGGGUCGAUGCUGAACCUUGUGAAGGUGACGCUCUCGUCGAUCCUGCAGGUUGUGCUCAUGUGCGCCGCCGGCUACUACCUGGCCCGCCGGGGCGUGCUUGAUAAGAAGACCCAGACGAAAUUGAACAAGCUCAACGUGUCGCUUCUUACGCCUGCCCUGCUCUUUUCCAAGGUCGCCUUUUCGCUCACGCCCGAGCGGCUGACGGAGCUCGCCGUCGUGCCGUUCGGCUUCGUGCUUGUGGCGAGUGUCUCGGCGCUGUCGGCCUACAUUAUGUCGUGGGUGCUGCGCCUGCCCAAGGGCCAGCGCUACUUUGUCGUUGCCUGUGCCAUCACGCCGAACUCCAACACGCUGCCCGUCGCGCUGAUCCAGUCGCUCGUCGGCUCCGUCCCGGAGCUGCACUGGGUGCGUGACGGAUCGGACACGGACACGCCGGACGACAUGAUGGGCCGUGCACUUACCUACCUCGUCCUCUUCUCUACGCUCGGCACGGUCCUGCGCUGGAGCGUCGGCGCGAACCUCUUGGCCAAGGUCACGACAGAAGUCGCGCCGCCGAGCGACCGCCCGCUGACUGGCUACGCCGACGACGUGACCGACUUUUUGAUCGACCAGCGCCACCGCACACAGUUUGCCGAGCGCGCACAGAGCCAGGACUCGCGCGCCGAGGCGUAUCAUGACGAUCCGAACGCCGACGAAAGUACGGACCGCCAUGUGCGCUUUGCGCCGGCGCGCGAGUCGCGUCUGCGUGCCGUCCAGCGCUUCAUUGGCUCGGCGAUCCGCACGGUGCUCGACUUUAUGACGGUGCCGCUGUGGGCUGCGCUUGCAAGCUUUGUCGUUGCGCUGAUUCCGCCGCUGCAGCGCUUUGUCGUUUCGCUCUCGUCCUUGGUCGGGGUGCUGAAGCAAGCAGGCAGCUGCAGUAUUCCUCUGACGAUCCUUGUGCUCGGCGCCUACUUUGCGGGCGACAAUGCGAGUCCGCCGCCGCCGCCGACGACGACGACGACGGAGCAGGUGACCGAGGAGCCGGAAGAGAUCCAGUCGCGCAACCCUACGCCGGACUACUCGUGGCGCACGAUCACCGCGGCUACGACUGCCCGCAUGAUCCUCACGCCGCUCCUGCUGCUCCCGAUGCUCACGUAUGUCUGCCUCGUGUCGCGCUCCAAGGUGGUCGACGACCCCGUGUUUAUCGCCUGCGCCUGUCUCGUGAUUGGAUCGCCGCCGGCGCUGACCCUGGCGCAGAUCACGUCCCAGCGUGGCGAUCCCAACAGCAACGUCGAGUACCUGAUCAGCGGCACGAUCUUUGUGUCCUAUAUCAUUCUGACCGCCCCAACGACCGUCGCACUCGUGAUGACGGCACUGGUCAUCGACGAUUCAUUGUUGCACGUCUCUUUCCCUCCAUGA